GAAAAUGGGGAUGACAACAGGAUUUGUUGAAGUUCAUAGUCUCUCUCGCUGUUUGGUUUACUACAUUAGUAUACUAUUAACAAUAUUUAAGUGAACUUGUGCCGUCUGCCAAGCCACAAAGUGACGUUGACGAUAAUUUCUGAAUUUUCCCCAGCUUAACACCGAGGCAGGAAGAGAGCACCGUCCGUAAACAUGAAGCAACCAGGAAGUGUCCUGGCAAUUUAACCGUUGCUCCCACGGACGGAUCUAUGGCUGUUCCUGCCAAUGUCUCUUAUGAAACUACUGGGCAACACUCUGGGAAAAGCGACCGGGCUCCUAGCUGUCCUAAUUGUUGUCAUUGCAGCGGUUUUGAAUUACUUCGACGAUCCUGAUCCGGUUAAAUACACCAGCAUGGCUGAGGACAUGAAUACUCUGGAGGAAAACUUCAGGCAGCAAAAUAAAAGCUGUUUCAUCCUCGGGGCCUCUGGGGAGACGGGCAGGGUGCUGCUUCGAGAGCUGCUGGAGCGCAACAUCUUCUCCAAGAUUACUCUCAUAGGAAGGAGACAGCUCACCUUCGAGGGCAAGGAGUAUGAAAAGCUGGCACAAGAGGUGGUGGACUUUGAGAAGCUUGAUGAGCAUGCUGCUGCUUUCCAAGGUCAUGAUGUUGGCUACUGCUGCCUGGGAACAACCAGAGCAAAAGCAGGAGCUGAAAUGUUCGUCCGUGUCGAUCAUGACUAUGUUCUGAAAUCAGCAGAGCUCGCCAAGUCAGGAGGCUGCACACAGUUCCACCUGGAGUCCUCUAGAGGAGCUGAUAAAACCAGCAGCUUCCUUUACCUCAAAGUCAAGGGACAAGUGGAAGCAGAGAUUGAGGCGCUGGGUUUUGACAGAUAUGCCAUUUACAGACCAGGGGUUUUGCUGGUAGAUAGGCAGGAGAGUCGACCUGCCGAGUGGCUGGCCAGGAAAUUCCUUGGUGCCUUUUCUUCGGUUUGUUCUACUUCCAUGGCCAUCCCAAUCCAAGUAGUGGCAAAAGCCAUGGUGUCAAACACUCUUCUUCAACCUGAGCAGAAGACGGAGAUCCUGGAGAACAAAGACAUCGCCAGUCUGGGGAAGAGUGUAGGGAAAUAAGAGAGAGGAGGAAAUACGUUGAGAUAAAGCAGCAGAUACAAAGAUGACAAUACGCUACAAAUGAUAACCACAUCAUCAUCAUCAUAUUAUCAGAACGUUGUCAUUAUGCCUAUUUGAAAAUUUAUAUUAAUAUAUGCAUGAUUUUUCUGUUUUUGGAGAACUAUGUUUCCAUGAAAGUGCUUCCUGUUGUCGGUCUGCUAGAUUCUAUAAAGAGGAAACAUCCUGUGAAGCUAACAAAAUAUUUAUUCUUUUAAUUGUAUCUGGGUUUAACUUCUUUGGCGCUGAAUGGUGUAUGUAGUGAAUGUAAAUAUUUCCAGUCAGGCUUUUUGACAGCACACUGAAACACUGCCUUAAUAUGCUGGUUAAUUCUACACUUGAUUAAAAACACAUUUUUUAUAUCA